GCCCGGCGGAGCGGCGGCCGUGCCGCGCCGUGCCGGGCCGGGCCGCGCCGGGCCGAGCGGAGCCGGGCAGGGCCGAGCGGGGCCGGUCGGUCGGUGCGUGGCCGGUCGGCGCGGGGCGGGGCGGCGGGCGGCGCUGACAGCUGCUCGGCGUAAACAAGCGGCCCCGUCGGCCGCCCCGGCCGCCCCUGCCUGGGCCGGGCCCGGCUCCGGGGCGGGCGCUCCGGGCGCCCCGCGGCGUGACGCGGCGCCGCCGACAGACGGGCCCGACCGCCGGCGGGACGGGAGCGGGCAGGCCGCGAGAUCGUGCUGCUGUCCUGGACAGUCUGCUCCUGCUGCCGCCCUUCAGCCCGGCUGUCACGGGCUCGUCCCCAUGCUCUCUUGGGCUGAGCGGGGAUCAGCGGGGCAAAGAGGCCAGUGUGCCUCGGGGCGCUGACGCAGGGAGGCUGCUGGACCUGCCGCUCCCGGGACCCUCCUGCUCCCCAGCUAGAGGAACCCCGAUACUCUGAUGGAUCUGAGGCCCUGCUCGCUGCUCCUGCUCUGGACUCUGGUGGUUGCCCUCGCUCUCCUGGCCCAGGAGGUGCUGGCCCAGCGUAUUUACACCAACACCUGGGCUGUGCUCGUCCCCGCAGGGCCCCAGGAGGCUGACAGGCUGGCCAGGAAGCAUGGAUUCCUCAACCUGGGCCCGAUCUUUGGUGACUAUUACCACUUCCGGCACAGCGGCGUGGUGAAGCGUUCCCUCUCACCCCACCAGCCCUGGCACAGCCGUUUGGCCAGGGAACCGCAGGUGCAGUGGCUGGAGCAGCAGGUGGCAAAGCGCAGGACCAAGCGAGACAUUUUCAUGGAGCCCACGGACCCCAAGUUCCCGCAGCAGUGGUACCUGUACAACACAAACCAGCGGGACCUGAAUGUGCGUCAGGCCUGGGAGCAGGGCUACACAGGCAAGGGCAUCGUGGUUUCCAUCCUGGAUGAUGGCAUUGAGAAGAACCACCCUGACCUGGAGGGCAACUACGAUCCAGGGGCGAGCUUUGAUGUCAAUGACCAGGACCCAGACCCGCAGCCCCGUUACACACAGAUGAACGACAACAGACAUGGCACACGCUGCGCCGGGGAAGUUGCUGCCGUAGCAAACAACGGGAUCUGUGGUGUCGGCGUGGCUUACAACGCCAGGAUCGGAGGCGUGCGCAUGCUGGAUGGGGAGGUGACUGAUGCUGUGGAGGCCCAUUCCCUGGGCCUCAAUCCCAACCACAUCCACAUCUACAGUGCCAGCUGGGGCCCCGAGGAUGAUGGCAAGACUGUGGACGGCCCGGCCCGGCUGGCGGAGGAGGCUUUCUUCCGAGGGGUCAGCCAGGGCCGAGGGGGGCUGGGCUCCAUCUUCGUCUGGGCGUCCGGGAACGGGGGCCGCGAGCACGACAGCUGCAACUGUGACGGUUACACCAACAGCAUCUACACACUGUCCAUCAGCAGCACCACGCAGUACGGUAACGUGCCCUGGUACAGCGAGGCCUGCUCCUCCACCCUUGCCACCACCUACAGCAGCGGCAACCAGAACGAGAAGCAGAUCGUGACGACUGACCUCAGACAGAAAUGCACCGAAUCGCACACAGGGACAUCGGCCUCGGCACCCCUGGCCGCCGGCAUCAUCGCCCUCACCCUGGAAGCCAACAAGAAUCUGACCUGGCGGGACAUGCAGCACCUGGUGGUGCAGACGUCGAAGCCGGCCCACCUCAACGCCAACGACUGGGUCACCAACGGCGUUGGCCGCAAAGUCAGCCACUCCUACGGCUAUGGCCUGCUGGAUGCCGGGGCCAUGGUGAGCCUGGCCAAGAACUGGACCACAGUGGGACCUCAGAGGAAGUGCGUCAUCGAUGUCCUCACGGAGCCGAAGGACAUCGGGAAGCGCCUUGAGGUGCGGCGGAAGGUGGACGCCUGCCUGGGGAAAGCUAACUACAUCAGCCGGCUGGAGCACGCGCAGGCCAGGCUGACGCUGUCCUACAACCGGCGGGGGGACCUGGCCAUCCACCUUGUCAGUCCCAUGGGCACCCGCUCCACCCUCCUGGCCUCCAGGCCCCAUGACUUCUCGGCUGACGGCUUCAACGACUGGGCCUUCAUGACAACGCACUCGUGGGACGAGGACCCCUCCGGGGAAUGGGUGCUGGAGAUCGAGAACACCAGCGAUGCCAACAACUACGGCACGCUGACCAAGUUCACGCUCGUGCUGUACGGGACAGCCACUGAUUCCCCCAGCCUCUCCAACCAGCUGGAGAGCAGCGGCUGCAAGACCCUGACCCCCAGCCAGACCUGCGUGGUCUGCGAGGAGGGGUACUACCUGCACCAGAAGAGCUGCCUGAAGCGCUGCCCUCCUGGCUUCGCACCCGGCAUCCAGAACACGCACUACAACCUGGAGAACAGCGUGGAGCCCAUCGCGCCCCACCUCUGCCUGCCCUGCCACCCCUCCUGCGCCACCUGCAUGGGGCCCGGCCCCAACCAGUGCCUGACCUGCCCCGCGCACUCCCACUUCAGCAGCCUGGACCUCUCCUGCUCCCACCAGACGCAGAGCAGCCGUGCGUCCCCUGCCCUGGCAGAUAGUGAGGGGCUGGCCGAGGCCGCCCCUCCAGCCAACCUGCCCGUCCUCAUUGCCAGCCUCAGCUGCGUCCUCAUCGUUGUCAUAUUCGUCACCAUCUUCCUGGUGCUGCAGGCGCGCUCAGGCUUCAGUCUGCGGGGCGUGAAGGUAUACGCCCUGGACAGCAGGAUCAUCUCCUACAAGGGGCUCCCCUCCGACAUCUGGCAGGAGGAGGGCCCCUCCGAGUCGGACGGUGAGGAGUACGAGGCCCACAGCGAGAGGACUGCCUUCAUCAGAGACCAAAGUGCCCUUUGAUGAGCCCUCCUGCCCCUCCCUCCUCCCUGCCCAGCACUGUGGGGCCGGGGCAGGUGAGGCCGAGGGGCCCCGGACUCUGCCCUCGUCCCCCUCCCGCACCACAGCAGCCCGGGGCUCCCCACCUGCCAGCACCAUCCCUCGGCCCCAGCCUGGGUUGCCAGGCUCGGCCUCGCCGGCACCAUCCCCAGCUUGGCACCGUCCCAGUCUUGCACCAUUUCUCUUGACCCCACGUCCAUAUGUCCAUCCUGUACCCCACGCCGGGGUGUUUGAUGGCGGUGGGGCCCCUGGUGCUCACUGGCCCUGCGCUGGCAGCCGUGUCCCCCGCUCCAGGCGGGCGGCUGCUGCUGGGGGUCACGUGCGUCCCCCAGGGUGGACAGCCUGUGGGGUCCCUGGGUUGUUGUUGCUCGGGCUGAGCUGCCCGAGACGUGCUCUGCCCCACCAGGCUAAGCCCAGCCCGUGGCAUGGUGUCCCUUCGCCCCUACCACCCUUGGCACCGGCCGGGCCUCAGCCUGUGUCCCUGGCUCAGCACGCUGCGUCCCGGCUCCCUGCUGCCUCCCGACGGCCUGUCUGCCUCCACCCGUGCCCUUCAACAGCAAUAAUGGCCAGGCCUCAGCCUCUGCUGCCUGCUUGCCCGCUGCCUGCCCAUCCCAUCACAGCUGCGGCUGUCUGCAGUGUGGACAGGAGCCCCCCCGCACCAGACAGCGUGGAGCAGGGCAGCGCCUUUCCUUGUGCCCGAGGCUCAGCCCCCCAGCGCGGGCAGGGACCCCCUCGCACAGACCCUGCUCUGUGGGGCUGCCCCAGGCCCCCUCCUGUUUUGCCCCUGGGCAGGGCUGCGCGCGCUGCUGGCUGGGGCAGUCGGGCAGCGCCGGUGCCUGCGCUGCCCCGGCUCUGCCUGCACCCUGCCUGUGCUGGGCAGAGCCCGGCGUCCCCACGGCCCCAGCACGCCCCUGCCCCCUGACGUGCCUUGCCCCCACUUGGUGACAAUCCGUUCCCUCCCGGCGCCGCCUGCCCUUGCUGCCCCUUCCCCACGGGCUGGGGGCCGGUGCCGUGAGCCCCUUCGCCGUCCGCUGCUGCACACCGGGGCUGCGACACAGGCUCCCACCUGCCCCGCGCCAGCGCCAGCCCCAGCCUGCCGUGGAUGGAGCCGCUGGCUGGGGGCCACAGGACUAUUUUUCUAUAAUAACUUUUUGGUGCACAGUAAUUUUUUCUUGUAAUUUAAUCAGCCGGGAGCUGCCUCCUGAGCCUGUUUUUAAUUUAAUGGAUGUGGAUAUAACGCUAGAGAGACUGAGUUAUUAAAUGUUCAGAACUAUGCAAA